AUGGUUUUUGAAACGACAACGUUCUGUUGGAGUGAGUGACUAAAAGCUGUGUCGUUUUGAUUUGAGGCCGAUUCUUCUUAAGUUUCUUACAUGGAAAUAUGAAAUUAGCUGGAAACGACAACGUUUGUUGCAGUAAAUGGAUAGAAGCGUUGCCGUUUUCAGUUUAGUGAGGUCGAUUCUCGUUUCAAGUUUCUUACAUUUAAUAAGUUUGUAGAGGAAAAAAAAGGCAUAAAAAGUGGAAAGAAUAAAAAAGGAAGGGGGAAGAUCAAUGAUGGGGUAUGCAUUAAGGGUAAGUCUGGCUUCAUUCUUCACGGUGGCUGCCACUGCGUCGUUUCUCGGUCUCUGCAUUCUCGACAAGGAUUACGAGGUUGCCCAUGAAUCCAUCUCCCACCAGAGUUUUGCCACCUUGUUGCUCUUUUCUGGCUAUGUUUAUGUUGUUCCUGCCUAUUGUUGGACAUUUUUCAACUAUGGUUGUUCUUUAUUGUGCAAUACAAAAACCGUUGGUAUACCAACUAUAGAUGUAAUUUCUUCAAUAGUGAAACCAUAAAAUGUAAAUACCCUAAAGGAUAGGGUGGUGAAGAAAGAGUAAUAACACCAGGUGCCUGAUUUGUAUCAAAAGAUUCUGAUGCUUGAGACUUCCAAUUAGACCCAUUCCAUUGAGUUACUAUUUCUCUUGUAAUGUAAAAAAGAUGAACUACCAAGAGACAAGGAAGUGAUGUGAUUGGAUGGACGGUUACCUAUUUUUAACUGAACAGAAGAAUAAAUAAAAAUGAAUGGUUUUUUCCUGUUUGUUUGUUUGGAUUGAUCCAUGUCUUUAUGGUGCUCUAAUCUACAGCCACUCUUGGUGGCAUUUUUGUGCGCUUAUAUUUUCACUUUUCCCU